AUGUUCACCGCUGCCGCUAAGUGCUCAUUAAGAAGAGCCUACUCUACUGCUGUUCCAAAGACACUCACUAUUGGCUUAAUCCCAGGUGAUGGUAUUGGUAAGGAAGUCAUUCCUGCCGGUAAACAGAUUUUGCAAGCACUACCAUCUCAGUAUGGACUAAAUUUCAAGUUCCUUGAUUUGAGAGCUGGUUUUGAAGAGUUCCAAAAGAGCGGUGUUGCUCUUCCUGACGAAACUGUUGAGAUCUUGAAAAAGUCAUGUGAUGGUGCUCUAUUUGGUGCUGUUUCGUCACCUACCUAUAAGGUUAAAGGCUAUUCUUCUCCAAUUGUGGCUCUUAGAAAGAAGAUGGGACUUUAUGCCAAUGUCAGACCUGUCAAAUGGGUCGAAGGUGUGGGAAUACCUGUUGAUAUGGUUAUUGUCCGUGAGAAUACCGAGGAUUUGUACAUCAAGGAGGAGAGAAUCUACGAGAAGAACGGUCAGAAGAUUGCGGAAGCUAUCAAGAGAAUUAGCGAAAAUGCUUCCAGGAAGAUAGGUAAAAUGGCUUUUGAGAUUGCCUUGAAUAGACAGCAUGUUAGAGAAUUAGGAGGGAGCUCUUUACACAAAUCUCCUUCUGUUACAGUGAUUCAUAAGUCUAACGUCUUGUCCGUUUCCGAUGGAUUAUUCAGAGAGACUGUUAAGAAGGUGUAUGAAUCUGAUCCUGCUCGUUAUGGUUCAAUUGAAUACAAGGAACAAAUUGUUGAUUCUAUGGUUUACAAGAUGUUUAGAGAACCUGCUCAAUUCGACGUUGUUGUCGCUCCAAACUUGUACGGUGACAUUUUGUCUGACGGUGCGGCCGCCUUGGUUGGAUCUUUGGGUGUUGUUUCUUCUGCUAAUGUCGGUGAUGACUUUGUAAUUGGAGAGCCAACCCACGGCUCCGCUCCUGAUAUUCAGGGUAAAGGAAUCGCUAAUCCUGUGGCCACCAUCAGAUCCACUGCCAUGAUGCUUGAGUUUAUGGGUUAUCAAGAACCGGCUGCCAAGAUUUUCUCUGCUGUUGAUGAAAAUUUGAAAGAAAACAAGGUCACAACCCCUGAUCUCGGUGGUAAGUCUUCUACACAAGAGGUUGUCGAAGAUAUUAUUAGAAGAUUUUAA